UGGGACCGGGUGGGUGGAGGCCGCUGCUGCCCGUGGGGCGUGGCCUCUUUGCCACGCCCCCGACACGCCCCCAGGCCCCUCUCCGGGCGGGGGUCCCCUCCCUCUCCGGCCCUGGACCCAGCGUGGCGCGCUCCCCCCUGGGUGCCAUGGCCUCGCGGCUCCUGCACCGACUGCGACACGCCCUGGCCAGCGAUGGCCCCGGAGAGGCGGCGGCGGGCCCAGAAGCCGAGCAGUUCCCUGAGAGCUCGGAGCUGGAGGACGACGACGCCGAGGGCCUGUCCUCCCGCCUCAGUGGCACCCUCAGUUUCACCAGUGCAGAGGAUGACCCUGACGAAGAAGACGAGGACGACGAGGCGGAUCUCGACUCGCCGCCCUCUGGAGACGGGACAUCGGGGGAAGACGCAGAACGAAGUCCCCCACCUGAUGGACAACGGGGCAGUCAACUCCUGGCUCGCCAGCUGCAGGAUUUCUGGAAAAAGUCUCGGAACACCCUAGUUCCACAGCGACUGCUCUUUGAGGUGACCAGCGCCAAUGUUGUCAAGGACCCUCCCUCCAAGUACGUGCUCUACACCCUCGCCGUGAUGGGCCCAGGGCCACCAGAUCGCCAGCCAGCCCAGAUCUCUCGCCGAUACUCAGACUUUGAACGGCUGCAUAGAAACCUGCAACGGCAAUUCCGGGGCCCCAUGUCUGCCAUCUCCUUUCCCCGUAAGCGCCUGCGCCGGAACUUUACUGCAGAAACCAUUGCCCGUCGCAGCAGGGCCUUUGAACAGUUUUUGGGCCACUUGCAGGCAGUGCCCGAGCUACGCCAAGCUCCAGAACUUCAGGACUUCUUUGUGCUGCCCGAGUUGCGGCGGGCGCAGAGCCUCACCUGCACUGGCCUUUAUCGUGAGGCUCUGGCACUGUGGGCCAACGCCUGGCAGCUGCAGACCCAGUUGGGCACCCCUUCUGGCCCAGACCGCCCCCUGUUGACUCUGGCUGGGUUGGCUGUGUGCCAUCAGGAGCUGGAGGAUCCUGGGGAAGCACGAGCCUGUAGUGAGAAGGCUCUGCAGCUGCUGGGGGACAAGAGACCCCAUCCUUUCCUGGCACCCUUUCUCGAGGCCCAUGUCCGGCUCUCCUGGCGCCUGGGCCUAGACAAACGGCAGUCAGAGGCCCAGCUUCAGGCCCUACAGGAGGCAGGUCUUACCCCUACCCCACCCCCCAGCCUCAAGGAGCUGCUCAUCAAAGAGGUGCUGGACUAACUUGCUCCCGUCUUAAGGCCAUGUCUAGGAGAAGGGCUGCCCCGGGUUAGGGGGCAGGGGAGCUCCUAAAGUAGUUCCAGAAAGAGUCUGCAACAGACUGAGAGGAACUUUGUUUUGCCAGACAGAAUUCGGAACAGGCUUUGGCUGGGGUUACCCUAGGAUGAUACCAGGAGGAAGUCUUGGCACGGGCUCUUCAGCCUACCCCAUCUGGAGGCUGUGGCCAAGGUCAGGAUCAAUGUUUUCUUUUCCAUGGGCCUCUAACCCAGUGAGACAGCUUGGUGAAGGGCUGAGGACUGCUACUGGAGUCCUGGAAUUCAGAGGCACGGGGAGGGCUGUAGUUGUAUUAAAGGUCAGUACUCCAGUG